AUGGUUCCUAAUGACCCAGUGGCGAUUCAAAAUUUAGAAAAGAAAAAACUAAAUCAAGAGUACUUUUUUUACUUGGAAACUGACAUGCGAGUAGAAGAAUUCACCGAAGAUGUAAUCUCCGAUGAAGGAGAAAAAUUAGGAGUCAUUGGGAAGAAAAAAAUCUAUGUGAUCCAAAACGAAAAUAAUUUGCUUCAUAUAGAAAUAGAGCCAAUGGAAUUUUACAUUGAUGGUCUAAUUGAUAAAUUAAUAUUUACCGGAGAAAAAAUUAACCAAUAUCGUAAUUUAAUUACGCAAAACUUAGGAAAAGAGUUCAAAAUGGCCAUGCCGAUUUUUGAUAGUCCUCCCUCAGUAGAUACUAAUAAGUGGCAUGAGAAAGACAAAAUUGAGUUGGCGGAAGAAAAAACCAGUGCUAAGCCAGAAAAAACUGUCCUGGAAAUAAAAAAAGACCUUGAAAAAUAUUACCGAGAGAAUGAUAUUAAAAUGGUAAAAUUAAGUGAUGAAGAUAAGGAGUUGAUGGAUAUCAUUUUUAAUAGUGGUAAAAAACAAUCUAGUAAUACCUUUUCUAAUCGGUGCGAUAAACAAAAAUUAGAACAAGUAAAAAUUUAUUUAAAAAGUAAUAAUAAGGAAAUCCUUAGUUAUUCUGAGUUAAGCGGCAAUUCUAAUAUUAAUCAUUCUCAUAAUCCUAAUAAAGGAAGCGGCAUGAGUGGUGGAACAAUUGUUUUGAUAAUAGUUGGUGUGAUAUCAGUGGUGGGAGGCUUACACGAAGUUGGAAAAAAUUGUUAUGUUUUAGAAAAAAAUGAAGAUAUAAUUAUUGUUGAUUGUGGAAUUAAGUUUCUUAAUGGCAGUAAUUUGGCGGAUGGCACCAUUCCUAAUUUUUCUUAUCUCUUAGCCAACCGAGAAAGAAUUAAAGGUUUGUUUAUUACUCACGGUCACGAAGACCAUAUUGGCGGUAUUCCUUAUUUAUUACAGUUAAUUCCAAAUAUUCCAGUUUAUGGUUCCGAAUUUUCUGCUUCCUUAGUUAAAAAUAAAUUGAGAGGGGAAGAGUUAAAAAAAAAAGUGGAGAUUUUUCAUGAGGACAAACCAAUUCGAGUGGGUGAAUUUAGAGUCAGUUUUUUCCGAGUAACCCAUUCCAUUCCUGGUUCUUUUGGUCUAGUAGUUGAAGUAAUUAAAGAUAACCUUAGGAUAGUUAUUACUGGUGAUUUCAACGACUCAACUAAUGCCGAAGUAGAAGGGAAUACUCCUUCUGAAUCAAAAAUAGUUAGGAGACUAGAAAAUAUCAUUGCAGAGGCCACCGGAAGAGUAAUUAUCACUUCCUUUGCUUCUAAUGUUUACCGGCUCAAAAAAGUGAUUGAAAUUGCUAAAAAAACUGACAAGAAAAUUGUUCUGCUGGGGAAAGACAUCGCUAAAACUCCUAAUAACAAAUUAAUUAUCUUUUGCACUGGUUCUCAAGGCGAAGAAAGAGCCGUGCUUAGUCGUUUAGCUCACCAAAUUUAUGAGGUAGAAAAAGUUAGUAACAAACUAUUCGCUUUGGGAGCUAAAGUAUAUGAAAAUAGCAAAGAAGACUUGCUGCAUGCCUCUGGACAUGCUUGCCAAGAGGAUUUAAAAUUAAUGCUUACGAUGGUUAAGCCUCGUUAUUUUAUGCCCUUUCAUGGUGAUUUUAGAAUGUUAAAAAAGCAUGGACAUUUAGCUCAGGAAUUAGGGAUACCAGCGAAAAAUAUUUUUGUUUGUAGUAAUGGGGAAGUGGUGGAAGCCAAGGGCAAAGAAUUUUUUUUAAGUAAAAAAAAACUUCCAGCCCAGCCGAAUUAUGUGCUUAAUGGUCGGUUGCUUCCGAUGGAAGAAUUAAGUAGCAAUCUAACUUUGCGAGAAAAAAUGUCCCAAGGAG